UGGUAGAUCGGUUGAUUCAGCGAUCACGAAGCGUCGGUUAUGCCGUAAACGGUCAAUGAUGACAAUGUUAAUGAUGGAACGCACUGAGAGCUCCGAGAAGGAAUGUUCGCCUAUCCGAUCCGAAGGACCAAUCUUCCUGUUGCCGAAGAGGAUAUCGGAUGAUUCAAGAGACGCGGAUAUGUGCGAUAAGUUGACAGACGAUGAAGAUGAAAACGUGGAUGUUGAGAAUGAUGACGCUUCCUUGUGUCCGGUGGAUUUGACGAGGAGGCACGACCAGUUGAGGAGUUUUGAGGGUUUGAUCCAGAAAAACGAGUCGAAUAGUGAAUUUUUGUAUAGUAAGGACUCCAAAGGGUCGGAGAGUGUAUGUAGUGACCUCAGUAGGUCGCAGUCUCCUCCAGAUAGGAGUCCAUCGGUGAUUUCGAACAAUAGACGGUUGGCGUUCUCUGUGGAGAAUAUACUGGACCCUAAUAAGUUUACGGGUAGACAAAAUGUUUAUAGUGACGAGAUGUGUUGUUGGAAGCCCAUGGACGAAUCUGUUGAGUAUGAAGAGAGUGAAACUGGAAAGGACCACAACUCCGACGAAGAGGACGACAUGCAGAGCGACAUCAGCGAGGACCCCAAAGACCCCAACGCGAAGAAGAAGAAAAGUGAUUCUAAAUCACAGAGUGCCGGAAAACCUAGGCGGGCCCGUACGGCCUUCACCUACGAACAAUUAGUGGCCUUAGAGAACAAAUUCAAGACCACUAGGUAUUUGAGUGUGUGCGAAAGACUCAACCUGGCCCUCAGCCUCAGUCUGACUGAGACCCAGGUGAAAAUUUGGUUUCAAAACAGAAGGACAAAGUGGAAAAAGCAGAACCCUGGCAUGGACGUCAACUCGCCGACUGUGCCGCCACCUGGUGUCGGAUCUGGUAACGGCUUUCCUAGUUUUCCUGGACAUCAUACGCAUUCUGGUCUGCUGUAUUCGCAUCAUGUUCCUUAUGCGUAUCCCUUGCAGGCUGCGGGUUCUGGAGGUUAUGCCCCUUAUUUUCAUCUAGCCAACCAUGGGCAUAAUUUGGGUUCUUGAAAGUUGUAUUGAGACUUUCAGUAAGGAGAGUUUUGAGUAUGUUGGUUGUGUACGAAUCGAACGAUUUGUGUGUUUGUCUCGAUAGAAAUGUUUUUCUUGUUUUGUUGGGUUGUACUUGUUGCGGAUGAAUUUUGUUAACCGACUGCAAAAAAUUGUUAUUACGGGGCUAUUUAUGCUAGAUGAUUAAUCUGAAUGACUCUUUAUUGAACAUAAUUAACAUUAACGAAAGCAAGACAACAUAGAAUUGAUACCAAACCAUGAAUAGUAAUUGUGGACUGCAAAAAAAAAAUGGAACA